UUCGAGUCUCGGGAGAGGCCAAGGAGACGGCGACGGCGACGGCGAGAGCAUCCGAGCAAGAGGGGCGGGGAGCAUGGGCGCUGGGGAAGGAGAGGCAGCCGGGAGCAAGGACAAGAGCGGCGGCGGCGGCGGCGGCGUCGCCCGGACGUCCCUCGAUGGCCUGCGGGACAAGAACGUGAUGCAGCUCAAGAAGCUCAACACGGCGCUCUUCCCCGUCCGCUACAACGACAAGUAUUACCAGGACGCCAUCGCCUCCAAGGACUUCUCCAAGCUCGCUUACUACAGCGAUAUAUGUGUUGGGGCAAUUGCUUGUCGCCUGGAGAAGAAGGAAGGAGGGGCGGUCUGUGUUUAUAUCAUGACUCUGGGUGUAUUGGCGCCCUACCGUGGUCUCGGUCUUGGAACUAAGCUGCUGAACCAUGUUUUCGAUCUCUGUGCGAAGCAGAACAUCCCGGAGAUAUACUUGCAUGUUCAGACAAACAACGACGAUGCAAUUGCUUUCUACAAGAAGUUUGGGUUCGAAAUAACAGAGACGAUAUAUCAGUACUAUAAGAACAUCACUCCGCCGGAUUGUCACGUUCUUACCAAAUUUAUUGGUCAGGCUCCUACAAAGAAAUGAGCAGCCACCGCCCUGCUCUUGUGACAACUAUGAUCCUGUUGCAUUACGUUUUCAUUUUUGUCUGAGUUCUAACAUUACUUUGUAAACAUGAGUACCCUGGCUGCAUGACUGAGACAUCAGUUUUACAUUGGCUGUGUUCUUUA